GGUCGGUGUAGCCGGAAGACCUAUUUUGUUAAGUCGUAGUGAUGGAGUUGUGUUCAAAACUGGGAAAGCUUCUAAUAAUGAGUUUAUUUCACUUGUCAAAUUAGAUGGUUGGUUCCGGGAAAAACCAACCCUUUGGCCUGGACAGGCAAUGUGCUUGGAGAUCGAAGAGAUUCUUCACCAUGAAAAAUCCUUGUAUCAAGAUGUCUUAGUAUUCAAAUCAAAGACCUAUGGGACUGUGUUGGCAUUAGAUGGUAUCAUUCAAUGUACCGAACGUGAUGAAUUCUCUUAUCAAGAAAUGAUUACACAUCUUCCAAUGAACGGUCAUCCUGAUCCACGAAAGGUUCUCGUGAUAGGAGGCGGAGAUGGAGGUGUCAUUCGUGAAGUAAUCAAGCAUGAGUCGGUUGAAGAAGUCACCUUGUGUGAAAUUGAUGAGUCGGUGAUUCGCUUAUCUAAGAAAUACUUACCGAAGAUGGCAGUAGCACUGGAUCAUCCUAAAGUUAAAAUUCAUAUUGAAGACGGCUUUCCUUUUUUGGAAAACAAAAAAGACUCUUAUGAUGUUAUAAUCACGGAUUCAUCAGAUCCUGUUGGUCCCGCCGAAUCUUUAUUCCAAGUCAAGUUCUUCGAGCUCAUGAAAAAUGCAUUACGUCCAGGAGGAAUUAUCACGACACAGGGGGAAUGUCAAUGGCUUCACCUUAACAUAAUCAACGAAGUUCUGACGUAUUGCCGUUCCCUGUUCCCGGUGGUCGAAUAUGCGUACACCACCAUCCCUACUUAUCCAUCCGGUCAAAUCGGUUUUAUUUUAUGUAGCAAUGAUUCAUCUCGUGACUUGAGAAAACCAUUGAGAAGAUGGACAGAGGAAGAAGAAGAAAAAUUAUUAAGUUACUACAAUUCUCAAAUUCACGAGGCUGCUUUUGUGUUACCACAGUUUACAAAAAAUGCGUUGAAGAUUAAAGACAGUUGA